AUGUCAUCCUCUGGUGGCUUGUCUGACCAACAAAUCAACAAGGAACACAAAGCCAGAAGAGCAGGUAAUAAAUUCAAAAAGAGAGAGGCUCAAAGAAAGAAAAAGCUCGGAAUUUCCGAAGAACAACAAAAGAAUGAUUACGUGAAUAAUCGUGCAAAUACGGUCGGUAAAGGAAAUGCCUAUGCAAGAGAUUUAAAGCCUCCCAAGCUUGUUGCAGUGGUCGGACCUCCAAAAUCAGGCAAGACAACUCUCAUUACAAGUCUUGUCAAACAAUACACCAAACAAACACUAACCGAAGUGACUGGUCCUAUUACUGUCAGAACAGGAAAGUCAAGAACAACAUUCUUUGAAUGUCCUAAUGACAUCAAUGCAAUGAUAGACAUUUCUAAAACAGCAGAUUUAGUUUUACUCUUGAUAGAUGCAUCUUAUGGAUUUGAAAUGGAAAACUUUGAAUUUUUAAACAUGUUACAAGUACAUGGUAUGACUCGAGUGAUGGGUAUUUUAACUCAUUUGGAUUUAAUCAAGAAGAGUAGUACUGUACGAAAAUUGAAAAAGAAAUUGAAGCACCGAUUUUGGACAGAGGUUUGUGAUGGUGCCAAAUUGUUUUACUUGAGUGGUUUGAGAGGUGGACUCUAUACACCUCGUGAAACAAUUAAUUUGAGUCGUUUCAUUUCUAUUAUCAAACCAAGACCAAUCAAAUGGAGAACCACUCACUCAUGUGUUGUCGUGGAUCGAUUUGAAGAUGUUACUGAUCCUGAGUUAAUUAAGGAAAAUCCAACCACGAACAGACAUGUGUGCAUGUAUGGAUAUGUAAGAAAUACUUUCUUACGAAAGGGUACUCCUGUUCAUAUACCUGGCUGUGGAGAUUUUACAAUCAAGACUAUUUCUAGUUUGGAUGAUCCUCUUCCUCCCAAGCCAAAAGAAAAGGAAAGAUCCAAAUUAGACAAAUACAAGGGAUUAUAUGGUCCAAUGAGCAAUUUAGGAUCAGUAUUCUAUGACAAGGAUAGUGUUUAUGUUGACAUGUCGAACACAUUUACAGAUACCACUUCAAGUGGUAAUCAUAGAGGUGGUAUUGAUGAAGCUGAAGAAUUACUUCUCACUCGUAAAGGAAAGGAUAUUUCUUCUGAAAAGAGAGAAGAACGAAAACAAAUAGCAGAGGAAACCUCAAAAAUCGUACAAUCACUCCUUCAAACCACCAGCAAUGAAGAUCUCAAUUUGGAUGAAAAGCUUUCCAAUCAACAAGUCAAACUAUUUUCCAAUGCCAAGUCAGCACUUGUGGCAAAGAAACCAUCCAAAGCAACCAAUAUUGAACACGAUGAAGAAGAAGAGAAUGAGAAUAUCUAUAUUGAUGAGUCUGAUGAUGGUGAGGAUGAUGAUGAUGACAAGGAUGAAAUGGAAGAUGAUGACAAUGAGAAUCAAGUCAGAAAGAGAAGAGGUUUAUCAAUGCUCAUGAAUGACGAGAAUGACGAUGAGAUUUAUGCCAACGCUCUCAACAAGGCAAGCUCAACCAAGAAGGAAAAUGUUAUUUAUGAUGACGACGAUGAAGAAUCACAUGAAGAAUCAUUGCCUCGUCGAGGACAAUCCAGUGCCACAGAUGAUGACUCUGAUUCUGAAUAUUUUGAACCCAAAAAGUUGAAAAUGAAUCAAGCAACGGGUCAGUUUGAGGUGGAAGUCGAUGAAGAUUCACUCUCUGACUUGGAAGAUGAAACAAAUGAUAUGGGACAAGCCUCCAAUAAGUGGAAAGAAACUAUGGAAGAACGAGCAGCGAGUGCAUUCUAUGAUGUUGGUGUCAGCUUGCAAGAAUUGGUUUAUGAGAACAAUGAAGAGCAAGAUGAAGAACAAGACGAUCAUGAAAUGGAUGAACCAACUCAACAAGACUCUGAUGAUUUAGAUUCCAUUUUCAACUUUAAGAAGCAAAUUACCGAUAAGAAAAAGAAGAUUAGUGUCAAUCGAUUAAAGAUUGAUUACGUAGAUCGAUCACGAACACAGUUAGAACCAACAGAAAUUAAGCAUGAUUGGGACGAUGCUGAAUUCAGAGAGACGAUCAGAAACAAAUUCGUUACUGGAGAUUGGGCUCAAAGAAGAAGCGCCAAAGAGAAUUCAACAAAUCAAGACAACAUGAAUCUUGAUGAGGACAGUGGUGAAGACCAUGAACUCAAUGAUGAAGACCACCAUCUCAUGGAAGACGAUGAUCAUGUAGAAGAAUCGAUCAAGAAAAUUCUGUAG